AUGGCGAGAAAGCUCAGUAUAUUGGAAAUCCUUCUGAUCAGCUUCAAUAUAGUUGUAUUGGCAGUAGACAUUCUUUUGUUGCUUCUUGUGCUGGAGAACCCUUCAGGUAAGGAUGAUGGUUCCUUCACUCCUGAGUGUCCAAACAUCGCUGAGUCAGAAAGGAUAGACUGUGCACCCGGUCAGGUGGUGACAGAGGAUGUCUGUCGAUGGCAGUAUAAAUGCUGCUGGAAUCCAGUGGCAGAUACCAAAGUCCCUGCAUGCUUCUUCCCUAGGAACUGGGGUUAUGAAGUCACCAAUGUCCUUACAAAUACAAGCAAAGGGUUGACUGCUCAAUUGAAAAAAGUUGCAUCUCCAUCUCUUUUUGGAAAUGAUAUCACUGAUGCCCUCUUGACAGCUGAGUACCAGACAUCCAAUCGCUUUCAUUUUAAGAUCACUGAUUUCAAUGAGAUGCGCUAUGAAGUCCCUCAUGAAAACAUCAACCUCAUGAAUGGGACUGCCGAUGAGGCCGUUUUGAGCUACUAUGUAGAGGUCAUCAAUAAGCCCUUCAGCAUCCGAAUAAUGCGGAAGAGCAACAAUAGAGUCUUGUUGGACACAGGCAUUGGGCCUCUCCAGUUUGAUCAGCAGUACCUGCAGCUGUCUUUCCGAUUGCCCAGUUCCAAUGUGUAUGGGCUGGGUGAACACGUACACCAGCAGUACCUCCACAACAUGAGCUGGAACACCUGGCCCAUCUUCACCAGGGAUGCCCUUCCCACAGAGGGAAUGGUUAAUCUUUAUGGAGCACACACAUUCUUCUUGUGCCUUGAAGAUACCAGUGGGGCUUCUUUGGGAGUUUUUCUGUUGAACAGCAAUGCUAUGGAGGUCACACUUCAGCCUGCUCCUGCCAUCACUUACCGCACAACUGGGGGCAUUCUUGACUUUUACAUCUUCCUGGGAAACACGCCAGAGCAAGUAGUUCAGGAGUACCUGGAGGUUGUUGGACGGCCAUUCUUGCCUUCCUACUGGAGCCUUGGUUUCCAGCUCAGCCGCAGGGAUUAUGGUGGCAUUAAUGGUUUGAGACAGGUUGUAGAGCGAAAUCGUGAUGCUGAGAUCCCAUAUGAUGUGCAAUACUCAGACAUAGACUACAUGGCUGGAAGGAAAGAUUUCACUAUUGAUGAACAGGCUUACCCCCAGCUCGCAGAGUUUGCUAAGGACCUGCAUGACAAUGGACAGAAAUAUGUAAUUAUUCUGAACCCUGGCAUCUUUAAGGACCCUGGCUACAAGGUCUAUGCCAAUGGAAGCAAGAGCAGAGUGUGGAUCAUGAGCUCCAGUGGCUUUGCUGUUGGCGAGGGAUAUCCAGGACAGUCAGUCUUUCCCGACUUUUCCAACCCAGCCUCUAUUCUGUGGUGGACCCAGCAGCUCACUCAAUUUUACAAAGUUCUGGAGUUUGAUGGUGUGUGGAUUGAAAUGGAUGAACUAUCUACGCUUCUCCAAGGUUCCAAUCACAAGUGUGAAUCCAACAACCUGAACUUUCCUCCUUUCACUCCCAGCGUCCUGAAUGGCUCUCUGUUGGUAGGAACCCUCUGCAUGGACACAGAGUUUUACUCAGGCCUUCACUAUGAUGUCCACAGCCUGUAUGGCUACACCAUGUCAAGAGCCACAGACUUGGCCCUGGGAACUGUCUUCUCUCCCAAGAGGAGCUUCAUUUUAUCGCGUUCUACUUUUGCUGGGUCUGGCAAGUUUGCUGCUCAUUGGCUGGGAAACAAUUCAGCCACCUGGGAUGAUCUCCGAUGGUCCAUCCCCAGCAUCCUUGAGUUUAACCUAUUUGGCAUCCCCAUGGUAGGGGCCAACAUCUGUGGCUACAGAAACAAUGUCACAGAGGAACUCUGUAGAAGGUGGAUGCAACUUGGAGCAUUUUAUCCACUGUCCAGGAAUCACAAUGGGCCUACAUACAUGGAUAAGGACCCUGCUGCCUUUGGCCUUAACUCUAUGCUGUUGGAAUCCUCGAGACAUUAUCUGAACAUCCGUUAUACCUUACUGCCCUAUCUCUACACCCUCUUCUACCGUGCUCACACACUCGGGGAGACAGUAGCAAGGCCCCUCGUACAUGAGUUCUAUCAAGACCCAGCCACAUGGGAGGUGCAUGAACAGUUCUUAUGGGGGCCUGGACUCCUUAUCACACCUGUGUUAUAUGAAGGAAUGGACCAAGUGAAAGCCUAUAUCCCAGAUGCCAUCUGGUAUGACUAUGAGACAGAACUGGCUAUCCAAUGGAGGAAACAGUUUGUAGACAUGGUACUACCAGGUGACAGGAUAGGGCUUCACCUUCGAGGCGGCUACAUAUUUCCCACCCAGCAGCCACACAAAACCACAGAGGCCAGCCGGAAGAAUCCCUUGGGCCUCAUUGUUGCCUUGGACUAUAAGCGAGAAGCAAAUGGCCAGUUGUACUGGGAUGAUGGUGUGUCUAAAGGCACAGUGAUAGAAAGGAAGUACAUUCUGUAUGAUUUCUCUGUUACAUCUAAUCAUUUACAGGCAAAAAUUAUAAAUAAUAAUUACGUGGAUCCCAAUGACCUCAUGUUUACAGACAUCAGAAUCUUGGGGCUGGACAAAGAGCCAACUGGUCUUAAUGUCUUACUUAAUAACAAUAUCAUCCCCAUUUCAAGCUACAAGUACAAUGCUUCAGCAAAGGUGUUGGUCAUCAAUAACCUCACAGGGCUGAAACUAGGACAAGAAUUCUCCAUUGAGUGGACUCUUGUAUUCAGUGACCUGGACAAGUUUAACUGCUUCCCCGAGGAUCCUGUGGUCUCCGAGGAGAGCUGCAAGCAGCGGGGGUGCCUCUGGGAGCACACAACUACUCCUGGAGUGCCUACCUGUUUCUAUGACACCAUUCCCCAGUAUGCUGCCAGUAACAUUCAGUACCAGCCCACUGGCAUCACCAUGGACCUGGCCCUCCUGGCAGACUCAACAUCUGCCCGGGCAGCAGCAGCUACAAACAUCGUCUCUGAUCCUCUUUCUGGAAAGAUCAGCUCUCUUAAACUGAAUGUGAACUACCAUACAGAAAACAUGCUGCAGGUCAAGAUUUAUAGCCCUACUAACAAGAGAUAUGAGGUCCCAGUACCUCUGAACAUCCCUCCUUCGCCACUUGGCUCCUCUGAGAACUGUCUGUAUGAUGUCACAGUUAAAACCAACCCAUUUGGACUCCAAAUCAGACGGAAAAGCUCCAGUACUGUGAUUUGGGAUUCUCAACUCCCUGGCUUCACCUUCAGUGAGAUGUUCCUUUCCAUUUCAACUCGUCUUCCAUCUCAGUACAUCUAUGGCUUUGGGGAAACAGAGCAUGAAUCUUUCAGAAGAAACAUGAGUUGGAACACAUGGGGAAUGUUUGCUCGGGAUGAGCCACCAGCGUACAAGAAGAAUUCCUAUGGUGUUCACCCUUACUAUAUGGCAUUGGAAGAGGAUGGCAAUGCCACUGGAGUGCUCCUGUUGAACAGCAAUGCCAUGGAUGUGACACUUCAGCCUACCCCUGCCCUGACAUACCGCACCAUAGGAGGGAUUCUGGACUUCUAUAUGGUUCUGGGGCCAACACCUGAACUUGUAACUCAGCAAUACACACAGUUGAUUGGUCGGCCAGCCAUGAUUCCAUAUUGGGCCUUAGGUUUCCAGCUGAGUCGCUACGGAUACCAGAGUGAAGAUGAAAUCACCAGUUUGUAUGAUGCAAUGGUGGCAGCCCAGAUUCCCUAUGAUGUCCAGCAUGUAGACAUCGAUUACAUGGACCGGAAGUUGGACUUCACCCUCAGCUCCAGCUUUCAAACUCUCAGUGUCCGCAUUAAUCAAAUGAAGAAAAAUGGCAUGAGGUUUAUUCUGAUUCUGGACCCAGCCAUUUCUGGCAAUGAGACACACUAUCUAACAUUUACUCGAGGACAGGAAAACAAUGUGUUCAUCAAAUGGCCUGACUCUAAUGACAUUGUCUGGGGCAAGGUUUGGCCAGAUUUGCCCAAUGUAAAUGUGAAUGUAUCCCUGGACCAUGAGACUCAAGUUAAGCUAUACAGAGCCUAUGUUGCUUUUCCCGACUUCCUGCGCUCCAGCACAGCUGCAUGGUGGAAGAAAGAGAUAGAGGAGCUCUAUUCAAAUCCUCGGGAGCCACGGAAGAGCUUGAAGUUUGAUGGUCUGUGGAUCGAUAUGAACGAGCCUUCAAACUUCGUGGAUGGAUCUGUCACGGGCUGCCGCAAUGAAAUUCUCAAUAAACCACCCUACAUGCCAUAUUUGGAAGCCAGGGACAAAGGCCUGAGCAGCAAGACACUGUGCAUGGAGAGUGAGCAGAUCCUUCCAGAUGGCUCCCGGGUGCGGCAUUAUGAUGUGCACAGCCUCUAUGGGUGGUCCCAGACCAGACCCACCUAUGAAGCUGUGCAGGAGGUGACAGGAGAGAGAGGGGUCGUCAUCACCCGCUCCACAUUCCCCUCUUCUGGACGCUGGGCAGGACACUGGCUGGGAGACAACACGGCUGCCUGGGACCAGCUGGGGAAAUCCAUCAUUGGCAUGAUGGAGUUCAGUCUCUUUGGAAUACCUUAUACAGGAGCAGACAUCUGUGGGUUCUUGGGAGAUGCUGAGUAUGAGAUGUGUCUCCGCUGGAUGCAACUGGGGGCAUUUUAUCCGUUUUCCAGGAACCACAACAAUGCUGGGACUAGGAGACAAGAUCCCGUGGCCUGGAAUUCAACCUUUGAGGAGUACUCAAGGAAAGUACUGGAGACCAGGUACUCCCUGCUGCCGUAUCUGUACACCCUGAUGCACAAAGCUCACACUGAGGGCAGCACCGUCGUUCGAGCGCUCCUCCACGAGUUCACCAAUGACCAUAAAACAUGGGAUAUAGACCAACAGUUCAUGUUGGGCCCUGCUCUCCUGAUCAGCCCCGUUCUGAAAAGUAACACAUUUGAGAUAUCUGCUUAUUUUCCCAGAGCCCGGUGGUAUAACCAUAGCACGGGAUCUGGCCAAGAUUCAAUAGGUGAAUGGAAAACAUUGGCGGCUCCUCUGGACCACAUCAACCUUCAUGUCAGAGGAGGCUACAUCCUGCCUUGGCAAGAGCCUGCAAUGAACACUCAUUACAGUCGACAAAAUUUUGUGGGAUUGACUGUGGCUUUGGAUGAUGAAGGGAAGGCUGAAGGUCAGAUGUUUUGGGAUGAUGGACAAAGCAUUGACACAUAUGAAAAGGGAAAUUAUUUCUUGGCUAACUUUAUAGCAACCCAGGACACCUUGAAAAUCCAGGUCGUACAUAAUCAGUAUCUGAGUAACUCAAAUCCACUGAAAGUUGGAUACAUUAGAAUCUGGGGUUUAAACUCUUCUUAUGUGGCACAUGUCAGUCUUACCUACAACAACCAGCCAUUCACUGAGAACAAUUUCACAAGUGACCCCUACAAUAAGAAACUAACAAUUCAACUGACUGAAAAGAAUAUGAACUUAGAAGAGCUGACUGAAGUUAUUUGGGUUUAUGGAGAUCCUGCACUUCCCACACCAAUGACAACCAGUGUAUUUCCCACAAGCUCUCACCCAUCUGCAAAUAGCACUGAAAUAACUACACCUUUCCCGACAAGUCCUGCUACUGCUAACACUAGUGAUGUGAUUCCGUUCACAACCACAACUCCUGAACCAACUACUGAAGACACUACAACCAACACCACAUUUCCUGACAUAACUACACCUUUCCCUACAAGUCCUGCUACUGCUAACACUAGUGAUGUGAUUCCGUUCACAACCACAACUCCUGAACCAACUACUGAAGACACUACAACCAACACCACAUUUCCUGAUGUAACUACACCUUUCCCGACAAGUCCUGCUACUGCUAACACUAGUGAUGUGAUUCCGUUCACAACCACAACUCCUGAACCAACUACUGAAGACACUACAACCAACACCACAUUUCCUGAUGUAAUUACACCUUUCCCUACAAGUCCAACUACUGCUAACACUAGUGAUGUGAUUCCGUUCACAACCACAACUCCUGAACCAACUACUGAAGACACUACAACCAACACCACAUUUCCUGACAUAACUACACCUUUCCCUACAAGUCCUGCUACUGCUAACACUAGUGAUGUGAUUCCGUUCACAACCACAACUCCUGAACCAACUACUGAAGACACUACAACCAACACCACAUUUCCUGACAUAACUACACCUUUCCCUACAAGUCCUGCUACUGCUAACACUAACACUACAACCAACACCACAUUUCCUGACAUAACUACACCUUUCCCUACAAGUCCUGCUACUGCUAACACUAGUGAUGUGAUUCCUUUUACAACCACAACUCCUGAACCAACUACUGAAGACACUACAACCAACACCACAUUACCUGAUGUAAUUACACCUUUCCCUACAAGUCCAACUACUGCUAACACUAGUGAUGUGAUUCCUUUUACAACCACAACUCCUGAACCAACUACUGAAGACACUACAACCAACACCACAUUUCCUGAUGUAAUUACACCUUUCCCUACAAGUCCAACUACUGCUAACACUAGUGAUGUGAUUCCGUUCACAACCACAACUCCUGAACCAACUACUGAAGACACUACAACCAACACCACAUUUCCUGAUGUAAUUAUACCUUUCCCUACAAGUCCAACUACUGCUAACACUAGUGAUGUGAUUCCGUUCACAACCACAACUCCUGAACCAACUACUGAAGACACUACAACCAACACCACAUUUCCUGAUGUAACUACACCUUUCCCUACAAGUCCAACUACUGCUAACACUAGUGAUGUGAUUCCGUUCACAACCACAACUCCUGAACCAACUACUGAAGAAACUACAACCAACACCACAUUUCCUGACAUAACUACACCGUUCCCUACAAGUCCAACUACUGCUAACACUAGUGAUGUGAUUCCAUUCACAACCACAACUCCUGAACCAACUACUGAAGACACUACAACCAACACCACAUUUCCUGAUGUAACUACACCUUUCCCGACAAGUCCUGCUACUGCUAACACUAGUGAUGUGAUUCCGUUCACAACCACAACUCCUGAACCAACUACUGAAGACACUACAACCAACACCACAUUUCCUGAUGUAAUUACACCUUUCCCUACAAGUCCAACUACUGCUAACACUAGUGAUGUGAUUCCGUUCACAACCACAACUCCUGAACCAACUACUGAAGACACUACAACCAACACCACAUUUCCUGACAUAACUACACCUUUCCCUACAAGUCCUGCUACUGCUAACACUAGUGAUGUGAUUCCUUUUACAACCACAACUCCUGAACCAACUACUGAAGACACUACAACCAACACCACAUUUCCUGAUGUAAUUACACCUUUCCCUACAAGUCCAACUACUGCUAACACUAGUGAUGUGAUUCCGUUCACAACCACAACUCCUGAACCAACUACUGAAGACACUACAACCAACACCACAUUUCCUGAUGUAACUACACCUUUCCCUACAAGUCCAACUACUGCUAACAGUAGUGAUGUGAUUCCGUUCACAACCACAACUCCUGAACCAACUACUGAAGAAACUACAACCAACACCACAUUUCCUGACAUAACUACACCGUUCCCUACAAGUCCAACUACUGCUAACACUAGUGAUGUGAUUCCGUUCACAACCACAACUCCUGAACCAACUACUGAAGACACUACAACCAACACCACAUUUCCUGAUGUAAUUACACCUUUCCCUACAAGUCCAACUACUGCUAACACUAGUGAUGUGAUUCCGUUCACAACCACAACUCCUGAACCAACUACUGAAGACACUACAACCAACACCACAUUUCCUGAUGUAACUACACCUUUCCCUACAAGUCCAACUACUGCUAACACUAGUGAUGUGAUUCCGUUCACAACCACAACUCCUGAACCAACUACUGAAGACACUACAACCAACACCACAUUUCCUGACAUAACUACACCGUUCCCUACAAGUCCAACUACUGCUAACACUAGUGAUGUGAUUCCGUUCACAACCACAACUCCUGAACCAACUACUGAAGACACUACAACCAACACCACAUUUCCUGAUGUAACUACACCUUUCCCUACAAGUCCUGCUACUGCUAACACUAGUGAUGUGAUUCCGUUCACAACCACAACUCCUGAACCAACUACUGAAGACACUACAACCAACACCACAUUUCCUGACGUAACUACACCUUUCCCUACCAGUCUUCCCACUGCUGACACUGGUGAUGUGACUAAUUUCACCACAACUACUGAAGAAAGUCUUGUUGACAAUGCAACUAGUACUACACUUCCUCCAAGAACUAUACCUUUCCUUAACAGUACUUCAGUUGUUAGCACUAGUGCUGUGGGCCCUAUCACAAUGACAGCUAUUGAAACAAGUACUCUGAAUGCUGCAAACUCUACUCUGGUGCCAUGA